CCCCACGCGUCCCUUCCCUGUACCACUAUAAACCUUUUCCUCUUCCUGCAGGCUGCACCGCAUAAAUAAACCGAAGACUCAAAAGCAAGCAUCUAAGAUUUGACGCAAAGAGGGCGGGCGGAACAACCGAGAAUGGCUCUGAGAUUGAACUGGGCGACCGCGAACAUGGAAUCCGUCAUCAAAACUACGAGAUUGAGCGGCGCUCCCCCUUCAUUUCCUGGCCCAAGAUCUUCCAUAGUUUCUAUGGCUUCAACUCUUCAUCCUCCCGCCACCACCUCUCCGGAAACUGGGAGUUCCAAGAAACCUUGGAGUCCUCCAAGGGAGGUACACCUUCAAGUCCAACACUCGCUCCCUCCAGAAAAGAUCGAAAUUUUCAAUUCCUUGCAGAAUUGGGCUGAACAAAAUAUCUUGGUCCACUUGAAGCCUGUAGAAAAGUGUUGGCAGCCAAAUGAUUUUCUUCCAGAUCCUUCCAUUGAAGGAUUUCACGAACAGGUCAAAGAUCUAAGGGAAAGGUGCAAGGAAUUGCCGGAUGACUACUUUGUGGUUUUGGUUGGGGAUAUGAUCACAGAAGAAGCGUUGCCGACUUAUCAAACUAUGCUCAACACACUGGACGGUGUUCGUGAUGAGACAGGUGCUAGUCUUACCCCCUGGGCAGUUUGGACAAGGGCAUGGACUGCUGAAGAAAAUAGGCAUGGUGACCUUCUAAACAAGUAUCUCUACCUCUCAGGAAGAGUUGACAUGAGGCAAAUAGAAAAAACAAUUCAGUACCUCAUCGGGUCUGGAAUGGAUCCAGGCACAGAAAACAACCCCUACUUGGGGUUCAUCUAUACUUCCUUCCAGGAGAGGGCAACUUUUAUUUCUCAUGGCAACACAGCCAGGCAAGCGAAGGAGCAUGGAGACUUGAAACUAGCGCAGAUAUGUGGCAUCAUCGCAGCAGACGAGAAACGUCAUGAAACUGCAUACACCAAGAUCGUAGAGAAGCUCUUUGAAAUCGAUCCUGAGCACACUAUCUUGUCCCUUGCCAAUAUGAUGAAGAAAAAGAUAUCCAUGCCAGCUCACCUCAUGUAUGACGGCGGGGACGACAACCUCUUUGAACAUUUCUCUGCUGUCGCACAGCGUCUUGGUGUGUAUACAGCCAAGGACUAUGCGGACAUAUUGGAGUUCUUGGUGUGUAGGUGGGAAGUGGAAAAGAUGACCGGUCUUUCAGGUGAGGGAUGUAGAGCACAGGAUUAUGUGUGUGGGUUGGCUCAGAGGAUUCGGAAACUAGAAGAGAGAGCUCAGGAAAGGGCCAAACAGAAGAAGCCCGCUGCCGUCCCUUUUAGCUGGGUUUUCGGCAAGGAGGUUAUGCUUUAAAACCGCAGCCUUUCUUGUUGUUGCUCCCGUAUGUGUCAAACAGUUGGUAAUUAAUUAAGAUGAAAGAAAGAGUUUUUGUUUUUUCUUAUGGUGUAUUGUUGUAUCUGUCAUCCCUUCUCUAGCUGAUAGUCUUUCUUCUUCUUUUUCUUCAAUUGUGUAAGCUAUAGAAACAACAGCUCCUUUCUUGUGACCUUUAUAUUCGUUAGUUAAAUUUGUGUCAAUAUUUUGUACAACAUAAAUCUUUCAUUUCAGCUGGCUGCUUACUGCUUCGUGUGGG